AUGUAUUAUAUUGGUACGCCUCCCCUCUCCCUCUCUUCUCAGCCGGAAAGCCCUACCACCCUCCGCAGACCACAGCCACCAGAGCAUUCCUUAGCCAGUCACUCCAUCACCAUUGUCAACCUCAGUUGUCCCCAUUCCAACAUUGAGAAUCACCGUUCUCCAUCACCAGGAAUCGAAUUCUAUCUCCUCAUCUCUAGUCUUCCUUCAUCUCCAACCCAUCUCCCUGGUAUCCCUCUCCUUCUUACCGCUUAUCCCUCUACAACUACUACCGCCGGUAAACCACAACGCCGCCAUUAUACCCUGCUACUUCGAAAAUCCAGUGCGCCGACCACCUGUCACCAUUGCGACCCAGAUACCCCUCCUCCCCUUCACGACAGAACCAUCGUCACCCACGCAUUCCCCCCUCCCCUUGCCACCGAUGGCCAGAAGCCUCACCCCUUAGCUGAUGACGAUUCCCAGCCCCUCCACUCUGAACAGUUUUUCGAGCUUAAACAAGUAUUUGGGAGGAUCAAACCUCAAUUUCAACAUUGGAGCAUACAUCUGUUUUCGAUGUCCAGCAUUGGAGAAGUGUCAUCUGUGUGCGGAUUUAGUAAUAUGUUUCUCUCAUUGCAAGCAGAAGUUGGAGCUUUACUUGUUGUGUAUACUGUUUAGUGUUUAGUAUGUCCUGAUUGGGAAAACACAAGUUAAGAAGAAGAAGCAGUGGACACAAAUACAAUCAGCACCUGAAUCGAAAUGGCACUUUGAGGAAAAAUUAAGCAAUGCAAAAGUGAUUGCCUACAAGACAAACUUGUCAAAUGAUUUCAUGGUUUCAACUUACGCUGACUAGGCUACAUGCAUCAAAGAGGGCUCCUAUGCAACCAGCAUUUUAUAGUGUGUGUGAAGAAGCAGCCUUUAUCACGAAUAAGAUGUUGGAUUUUAUGAUGAGAAGACAUAGUCAUAGACAGUCCUAUUAGAUAGAGUAUGUUGUGUUAAGAAUAAAAAAAAUACCAUUGGCAGGCAUGUUUACCUCUCUUUUCAUUUGUUUACACACACAAAAUAUGUAGUUAACCGGCGAAAUGAGUAUAUGUAAUAAUACUUGUUAAAUUGAAC